AGGGCCUGUGGACGGACAGCCACGUGAGAAGGCCCGGCUGGGUCUGCUGUGGCCAGCGGGCUGGGGGCUUUCCUCGAACCACCCCGCUGAGCCUCGGGUCCUAUAGAGGAGGCAGGAGCCGGGAGGGAGAAGACACCCCAAGGAGGAGCUCUUUGCCGGCGACGGGGCAGGGGUCUGGCCGUGCGCUGGGAGGUGCCGCCCAGGGUCCUGGAGGUCCUCUGUCUCCCCUGGGUGGAGCUGGGUUUCCCGUGGCCCUGCCCGUGGCUGCCUCUCCUGCAGCUCACACAGCCGGCGAGCCCCACCUCUGCGCGCUGGUGGUGCUUCCGUCCUGUGGGGAGCAGCGACCCGGGACCCACCGCCUCCCCUCGGCCCUGCCAUCCUCCCCCCCCAUUCUUAGCCCCUGGGAAAGGCAGCGGGCCAGGCUGGGGCGGGGCGCCAGCGCCAUCCGUCACUGUGGUUGGUUAUCAAGGUGGCCCCGGGCCAGCUCCCAGCCCUGCCCAGGGGACCGGGAGUGCAGGCACAAGCUCAGGACAGUCCCGUCCCACACAGCACCCUUCCCAGGCCCUGGGGUAUCCCUAUGUGCCCUCUGGGCCCCACACAAGGCUCACGCCCCGCCCCUGGGGCACGUGGCGCAGGUGGCUGGCAGCACAGUCCUUCAGGAUGGUCAGUGCGGCGGCCAGGGGCCCAGACGUGGGACCCCCGCCCUCCUGGUGCUCGGGGGGCCUGGCCCAAGUCUGGGCAGAGCUCCGGGCCAGAGCCGCAUCUGUUCUCCUCUCCUGCUUUCUCUGACUCCGAUUGAAUUCCUCGGGGGCAGCAGGGAGGGGCCCUUUAGGGCCUGGGCUGUGGGCCCCGUAGGAAUGACUUGUGUGAGCCCUCCAGGUCUGCAGAUGGGCCCUGGCAAGCAGUGAGCAAGAGAUGGAUGGAUGGAUGGACGGUCGGACAGAUGGACGGACAGCCAGUAGGCUGGAAGAUAGCGAGUGGCCGGGCUCCCACAGCCCCACCUGGGGAGCCCUCGCCCCUGGGCCACUCCCCUCUCCUCAAGGCACCUCCAACACCCUCUGGCCUCUGGACACCUGGCCCGUCAGCAGGAGGGAAAACCCAGGAAGGUCUCCUGUCCAUCAGCAAGUCUUCAUUCUCCUUCCGGUGUUUCUCUGCCAUCAGUCUGGGGCUCCUCUCCGCUGUCAGCCCCUUUCCAGCCACCCACCGUCACCCAAGACGUCCUCCCUGGCCCAACAGCCUGUCCCAGAGGUGUCCCCAGUGUCAGCCCGAGGCCCCUGAGAGCUGUUCUCGGCCGCAGGAAUCAAGGAGCAGGACCACCCAAAGCGCACGCAAAUGGGACCUGUCCUGCGCCUCGCUCUUAGGUGGGGGCGGAGGCCACGGGCCAGCAGCCGUCCUGGCCCGAGACAGAGAACCCCGGGCAAGGAGGCCGCGGGAGGAAGCGGGACGGGCCUGCGGGUUCCCCGGCGGCGCGGGCGACUGGCCAGGUAGGAAAACAGGGCCAGAAAGGGCCUGGGGAAAUUAAAAAUAUAAUGUCGGAAAUUCUUCAACUCUAACAGAAGGAUUGAAAGGCUAAGUUGGGCAAGUCUCAGAGAAGACAGAGCCAAACCCCACGGGACAGACCGUGAGCCCCGCGCCCGGAGGAGGCCCAGCACCUGAGC